AUGCUGGCGUGGCCGCAUGGACGUGCGACCGACGGUGAGUGCGACGCGAGACUCGUGUCAGCGCCGGCGGCAGCGAGGGGGCUGACAGCCAGAAACGCCGGAGAGAGGAGCGGCAAGCAGCCACCAGCGGAGACAACACCCCGGGAGACCCGAGACAUGAGGCAAGCACGGAGACCCCAUGUAAGGAGCGAGGAGCCGGAAAGGAGAGGAAGGACGACCCGACAUGCAAAACGUCAAAAACAGAAACAGGACUGA